AUGCCCAUGGACAUCAAGGCGCCGCGUAAAGUCGACGGCAACCUCAAAGCGACCGGCAAGGCCAUCUACGCGGACGACAUCGUCCUCCCCGGGAUGCUCCACGCCAAGAUUCUUCGGAGUCCCCACGCCCACGCUCGAAUCCUCUCGAUCGAUACGUCGAAGGCCGAGGCACUCCCCGGCGUGAAGGGCGUCGUCGUCGGCGCGAGAUGCCCACGCGUUACGGCAUCAUUCCUUGGACGCCGGAUGAACAAGCGCUCGCUGAAGACAAAGCACGUUACGUCGGCGAUGGCGUUGCGGCCGUGGCUGCGCUCGACGAAGACACCCGCGCAAGAACGCGAACUCGUCAUCCACGAUUACAACCCGCGCCAGGUCGAGAAGAAGGGCAACAUCAGCAAGCGCGUCAAUCUUGCGUUUGGUGAUCUCGACCAGGCCUUCGCCGAUGCGGACGUCGUCGUUGAGGGACGAUGGACCGAAGAGCCGAUGCAAGGAGGCCAAAAAGGCAUCCUCACCCUGACCUCGUCGACGCAGGUGCCGCACUAUCUGCACCGCGAACUCGCGAAGGUGCUCGAACUCGAACAGUCACAAAUUCGGAUUGUGCAGCCGGCACUCGGUGCUGGCGAUGAAAACCGGCCGACGGUGAAGCUGCUCUACACGCGCGAGGAAGUUUUUUAUUCGCAUCGCGGUCGGCAUCCGAUGUUGAUGACCUUCACCACCGGCGCGACGAAGGACGGCAAACUCACCGGCGUUCGUUCGAAGAUUCUGAUCGACGGUGCCUUGCUGCGGUCGAAACGGGGGCACGGAAGCGUGCAGCCCCGGUUUGGCUUCGAGGUUCAACUCGACGAACUCGCCGAGCGCCUGGAGAUGGAUCCGAUCGAAUUGCGUCGGGCUAAUUUCAUCGGCGAAGAGGUCGACACGGUUAACGGCCAACGCAUUACAUCGAAUGGAUUUCUGCAGUGUCUCGAUGCGGUCGAGAAGGCGUCGGGCUGGAAAGAGCGCUACGGAAAACUUCCUCGCGGGCGUGGUCUCGGCAUCGCCGGCUCGAUGUAUAUCAGCGGCACGGCCUACCCGAUUUAUCCGAACGAGAUGCCGCAAAGCGCGGUGAUGGUUCGUGUCGAUCGCAGUGGGGUGAUCGCCGUGCACUGUGGUGGCUCAGACAUCGGUCAGGGCUCCGACUCGAUGCUCCAGUACAUCGCUGCCGAAGAGCUCGGUGCGCCGCUGCACGCGGUGCGCGUCUUCUCAUCGGACACGGAUCUCACGCCGGUCGAUCUCGGGGCGUACUCCAGUCGUGGCACGUUCAUGAUCGGCAACGCCGCGGUCCAAGCCUGUCGAAAGAUGAAGGCGCACAUCCAGGAGGCCGUGGGUGAAGCGUGGGAGGUCUCGGCGAAGGAAGUCGAACUCGCCGGCGGCUUCGCCAUGUGGACGAAGGACACGUCGAAGUCCUUGCCGAUCGUCGAGGCGUAUCAUCUCGCCGAAGCCAAGUUCGGAUCCCUCGCGACGACGGGAAGUUAUCGCACCGAAAAACUCGGCGGUGACUAUCGCGGCGGCACCAUCGGCGCUUCGCCGGGCGUACUCCUUCACGGCACACGUCGUCGAAGUCGAGGUCGAUGA